CCGCACCUUCCCUAAUGUCAAACUCCACACACAGAUGGCAACAUGUCAAAUCACGUGAAACCCCACUAAAGAUCAGCUGUCUUCAGGGGAGUGGUUGUUUGCAAGGGUAGUUUUCCCAUUUGGUGCGUUGUAAACACCUUUUUCAGUGGUAAAAAUUUGAGGUUGGCACAAAUGACGGAAUAUUGGCUCAUUUCCGCCCCCGGCGACAAGACAUGUCAACAAACCUGGGAGACCAUGAAUAACCUCACCAGCAAGCAAAAUAACUUGUCGGUGAAUUACAAGUUUCAUAUUCCCGACUUGAAGGUUGGUACUCUGGACCAGUUGGUGGGCCUGUCGGACGAUUUGGGUAAACUGGAUGCGUUCGUUGAACAGGUCACGCGGAAAGUGUCGAGUUAUUUGGGGGAAGUACUCGAGGAUCAACGCGACAAAUUACAGGAGAAUUUGAUGGCGAAUAAUACCGAUUUGCCGACUUACCUCACGCGUUUCCAAUGGGACAUCGCCAAAUAUCCCAUAAAACAGUCGUUGCGCAACAUCGCCGACAUAAUAAGCAAACAAGUCGGCCAAAUCGACGCCGAUCUCAAGACCAAAUCGACGGCUUACAACAAUCUGAAGGGAAAUUUGCAAAAUUUGGAGAAGAAACAAACUGGCAGUCUUUUGACGCGAAAUCUGGCCGAUUUGGUGAAAAAGGAGCACUUUAUCCUCGAUUCGGAGUAUUUGACCACACUUUUGGUCAUCGUCCCCAAAUCCUCCUUCAAUGAGUGGAACGCCAACUACGAGAAAAUCACCGAUAUGAUAGUGCCUAGAUCCAGCCAACUUAUCACUCAGGAUAACGAAUACGGACUUUUUACCGUUUCGUUGUUCAAGAAAGUCGUCGAAGAGUUCAAAUUGCAUGCACGUGAACGGAAAUUCAUCGUGAGGGAUUUUACCUACAAUGAGGAGGAGCUUGCCGCCGGAAAAAACGAGAUUACUAAACUCGUCACUGAUAAAAAGAAGCAAUUUGGCCCUUUGGUGAGAUGGUUGAAGGUUAAUUUUAGUGAGUGUUUCUGUGCCUGGAUUCACGUCAAAGCCUUAAGAGUUUUCGUCGAGUCUGUUUUGAGAUACGGCCUGCCUGUCAAUUUCCAAGCGAUUCUCAUCCACCCCAACAAGAAGACGAUGAAGCGUCUCCGGGAUGUUUUGAAUCAAUUGUACGGCCAUUUGGACAGCAGUGCGGCCAUUUCAGGGUCCAAUGCUGACAGUGUCGACAUUCCAGGCUUAGGUUUCGGCCAGUCAGAGUAUUAUCCGUAUGUAUAUUACAAAAUAAAUGUGGACAUGAUUGAACAAACAAAAGUUUAAAUUCCAUAAAUUAGUUUUUUCGCUCUUUGAUUUUAUUAGAAUAACGUUGUAAAUUUUUUGUGUACGAAGGGUACAAUUUUUUGUAGGGCUGUUAAAUGUGUCACAUAAAUUUUGUAUGCAAUUGUGCAAUAUUUCGGCCACAGCUUGUAGUGUUUGACAAUAUAUCAGAUUUGGAAACCAGUAUUGAGUUCAUUGUAAAUAUAAUGUAAAUAAGAAAUGUUGAUUUUCUUUGGUUUUAAGCUCAUUUUUAUUAUUUUGAAAAAUAUUCCAUUGUACUAUAGGUCCAGUUUUAAGUUAAUGUCCGUUACUAUAAAUGUUAGAGGUGUUAAGAGGUUCAACUGUAAAUUUGUUAGACGAUUAAACUAUUUCAUUACGUUA